GGCCUGGUUUUUACACCAUAAUACCAGAAAACAGGUGUACUUAAUCAGUAUUACUGAUGAUGUUAAUGUUUUUGGUCUAAGAUCAUCAUCAUCAAUGUAAAUUAUGAAAAUGUUUAUCUAUUGACAACAACAUUUUCUUUCAAUCAGAUUUUUAACAUAUUUAUUUCUGUGGAUUGGUUUCUCAUAUUGAUGUCCAGUUUGGUGUCACAAAAUUUAUACAAUAAUAGUGAUUUGUUUCUCGAUUGGAUUGUCACCAGAUCAACUCAGUUAUCUUCCUCUCCAUCUUCAACAAUCGACAAAAUGAAUGAACAAGAUAUCAAUUUGUUGGAAGGUGAUAUGAUCAGUAAAGACGGUUUCUCUACUGGAAUUGAUCAAGCAUCUUUUGAUACACUUGACGAGCCUGUCAGUGUGACACUUUUAAGAGAUUUAAAAAGUGUUGCUUCCAAAAUGAAAUACAUUUUAUUUCCCAUUUCGCCAACUGAGAUUCGUAAACAUUUUCUUCGUGAUUGGGAUCUUUGGGGUCCUCUUCUUCUUUGUACUUUUAUGGCUCUUUUCCUUCACCAUUAUAAUCACGAUGAUGAUGUCAAAAAAUCAGGUCCCCAAUUGUCAGAGUUAUUUGGCUUAAUCUGGUUUGGUUCCUACAUUGUCAGUAUUAAUUUUAAAAUGUUAGCGGUAUCACCUAACCCUCGUCGAAGAAUGAGUUCAGCAAAGACCAUCUGUCCAUCUACAUUUCAGCUUUUAUGUGUUUUUGGUUAUUGUUUAUCUCCGCCUUGUGUUGGAUUAUUGUUUUUAAAUGUUGUAAAGCUUAUAUUCGAUAGUCAUACAUUAUUUAUAAUUAAAUUGGUGAUUGGAUUUACAAUUUGCUUUUUAUGGCCAACUCUAUCAUGUUACAAGAUAUUGAGCCGAUUCCAAGAUAAAGAUAAAAUUGUUCUCGCAUUUUAUCCAAUCGCUUUAUUCUAUUUUGUAGUGAGCUGGAUAAUAAUCACUUCACAUUAAUAAAACAAUAAAUUAUUGCAAUUGUUUCUCAAA